AUGGCUACAGAGUCAGCAACACGUGUAUUAGAAGCACUCUCAUCGCUAUACAGUACUACCGACCGCCGAUCGAACAGGGAAGCAAGUAGAUGGUUGGAAGCAUUCCAGAAACAGCCUGAAGCAUGGGCAGCAGCAGACUAUUUGAUCAAACUGCCAGAUGCCAAUCUGGAAACCCGUUUAUUUGCUGCACAGACCCUCAAGCAAAAGAUUACCUACGAUUUGCGUGAAUUGGAUGUAGAGGCACGUUUACAGUUACGUGAUUCUUUGGUGGAUUUGUUGUGGCAAUUCUCAAAUGGGCCCAAAGCUGUCAUGAUCCAGUUAUGCUUGGCUAUUGCUGAUUUAGCCAUUCAGCUGUUACAAUGGAAGACAGUGAUCCCUGAUUUGGUAGACAAGUUUGGCAAGACGCCUCAUGGCUCUAUUUGUCUAUUAGAGGUUCUCAAAAUCCUGCCCGAAGAGAUGAACAACAAUACUAGAUUGCCCCUGACAGAUUACGAGUACAAGUCAAGAGGAGAGGAAUUGAUUGAUAACAAUGCCAAACAAGUGCUUGAUUUAUUGACCAUGUACAUGCAGUCCAGUGGAAACGACGUUGAGCUGCAAGAGAGGAUCUUCCAAUGCUUCUCCAGCUGGAUCCGCACAGGCGAGAUGGACAUCAACUGGAUCAGCGCAAGCCCCAUGUUGGAGUUAUCGUUUAAAGGACUGGAAUCACCCGAACUGUUUGAUGUGGCAGUAGAUGUGAUUUCUGAAAUCAUUUACGAAACAAGAGAUGUCAACGAAUGUCGAUCCAUCAUUGAGCAGAUUUACCCCUGUUUUGCGGCCAUGUUACAAAAGCUGUCAGAGGCAAUUGAGGAAGAGGACGAGGACACGGUGAGAGGCUACGGUCGUAUAUUUGCAGAAGCAGGCGAAGCCUACAUCAACCUGAUUGGACGACACCCAGAGGCAUUUGGCAUUUUGUUGGACGGCAUCAUCAAAGUGGCCGCUUACAACGAUCUGGAGAUUGUGCCUAUUACAUUCAAGUUUUGGUACGAACUGACGUUGUUGCUGGAGACAGAGACAUUCAAAGCAUCCACACCGAAAUUUUUGGCCUACUACGAUGCAUUAGUAGACAUCAUGAUUGAUCAUUUGCGCUAUCCUGCCGAUCUGGAUUCGUUGACAGCAGAGGAAAGGGAUGAUUUUCGCGAUUUUAGACACAAAAUGGGCGAUACACUCAAAGACUGCUGCCGCAUCUUGACCCCACAGCGCUGCCUGGUCAAGCCGAUGAAUCUGUUGACCGCCCUUUUGAACAACAGCGAAGCAACAUGGCAGCAAAUCGAAGCACCCAUCUUUUCCUUGCGCGUGAUGGGCUCUGAAGUGCCCAAAGAUGAGAAUGAAGUGAUGCCUCACAUCAUGGAAUUCCUGUCCCAAUUACCCGAUCAUCCUAAAAUUCGCUACGCAGCUACACUGGUUAUUUCUCGCUAUUCUUUCUGGACAGAGGCUCACCCGCAGUUUAUUCAAUACCAACUCAACUUUAUCUCCAACGGCAUGCAAAAUGCAGAAGUCGCUGCUGCUAGUGCACUGGCCUUGAAGCAUCUUUGCAAGGACUGCAGUCAGCAUUUGGUGGAUUAUCUUGUGCAACUUCAAUCAUUUUAUGUGCAAGUGACAAAGACACUGCCCUUCAGAGACGUCUUGGAAGUAACAGAAGCUGUAUCCCACGUCAUUUCCGUGAUUCCGCCAACAGAAAUCCAAAAAGCAUUGCAAGUGUUUUGCUUACCAGUGGCUCAAGAAUUGCACGGUAUUGUGUCCAGAGGCAAGGACAAGGUGAUGAAUGAAGAUUGCGUCAAGAUGGGUGAUAUCUUGGAGCAGAUCAGCGUCUUUUUCGAGAUUAUUCGUCCUGACAUCUCGCUUGGUCAGCCUCAUCCAUGCGUGACAUUCAUCACUGAACUGUGGCCAGUCUUGGAUGCAACAUUGGCUGGCUUUGGCCAGGUUGUCACUGUAUCUGAACCUCUGUGCAAGUGCUUCAAUAGCUUCAUCGUCUCUUAUGGGCCUCACUUUAUCCCUCUGUUGCCUCAACUUAUGGAGCGUAUCGUGAAUGUGUUUGCAAACACCGGCUUAAGUGGGUAUCUUUGGGUCUCUUUGAAAUUGGUAAGAGAAUACUCGAAAAACGACGGCGAGCGUCCCUGCUUUGAUUUGGUACAGGGCCUAAGUCAGGCCAUGUUCAUUAAGAUGCAAGCACAACAAGUCAACGAUAUUCCAGAUGUCAUUGAGGAGUACUUUCGUCUGGUAACUGCCUUCUUGGAGAACGCGCCCAGUCUCCUCUUGCAAGAUCCCCUGCUGGCAACCAUCUUCCAGGCAGGUAUCGCAGGGUUGUCCAUCAACGAACCACAUGCUCUUGGCGCCAUCUUGUCAUUUUACCGCAAGUUAGUGGAGCUGUCCAAUAAAUCAGCUGCCGUUGUUACACUCUUUAAGGAAUACGGAGGAAAUUUAACAGCCGUGCUGUUCAAUGGUUUGGUUGAUUUCUAUAACCAAGAUUCGAUUUCUGACGUAGCUGCAUUAUUCAAGUCUUUGGCGGAAAUGCUGCCCAGCGAAACCGCACAGUGGAUGAUGGCUGUAGUGAAUGCUGUUCCCGAAGAGUACAUGUCAAUGGAGAUCAAGAGCGAUUUCAUGGCCAAUUGGACAGGUGCAAUCAACGGGCGUCAUUGGAUCAAAGUAAGAAGGAUCCUCUCGGACUUUGUUGCAACUUACCGUAGAAGAAAUGCAAAUAAAGUGAGAAGCUAA